CAUGAGUUCCAAGACCACAGGGGGUUGCUUUUAAAUACAAAGACACCCAACCCAUUCCUCAAGCACUGGUCCAUCACUCAAAAACAAUCCCAGCUGCAAGCAGUGUUAGACAAGGCCAUGGGGAAUUGCUUGGUUUUGCAAAAGAAAACUAUCAAGAUUGUGAAAAUGGACGGAAAAGUCCUUGAAUACAAAGCACCCAUGAAAGUUCACCAAGUAUUGCAAGAGUUUCCAGGCCAUGCAGUUGCUGACAGGCUUCCAGUCCUACGACAUCUUCUGCCGGACGCUGAAAUGCUCAGUAGCCACUUGUACUAUCUUCUACCCCUGUCAAUGCCCUCACCAGACGAUGAAAAGAAGAAGGUGAGGUUUCUAAAUACAGAGACAGAAGGCGGACAAAGAACUGCAGUGGUAAGAAUUAAGCUGGUUAUCAGUAAGCAAGAGCUGAAGGAGAUGUUAAGAAAGGGAGGGGCUUCAAUUGAUGACAUAACUUCUCAUCUUCAAGAUAAACAAAACAAGAGUCAGAUUGACACGGUUGAUGAUGAUAGGAAAGGAAACAGAGUGUGGAAACCUGUGUUAGAAAGCAUACCAGAAGUAAACUAGCAUAUCUCUCUCUCUCUCUCUCUCUGUUACUAUAGUUCUGACGUACAGGAGCUCAUGAUGUAAUGGUAGAUACUGAGCCAAAACCUUUUACUUCGUUUCUUAUAUCCAGUGCUCUAAAAGCAUGUUAUCUCUGAUACAUCAAAAAAAUACUCAUCCAUUCUGCA